UUAAAAAAAUAAUCUCUUUUGUUUUCCACUUCUUCCGGUGAAGAAACAAAGAGGAAUACUAGUACAUUGAAGCACAAAAAGGACAAGAAAAGUGGCGGGAAAUCAAUUAUUUUGAUACUCCUGAAUUGUGAAAUUUCAAAAUUUUCUCUCUGCAUUACAAUUCCGAGGACGCAUUAACAUGAAUGCUAGCCAGUUCGACGGCAACGCUGCCUUCUCCGGCGGUGGUUUCACGACUACUCAGACCACUCCUGGCGGCGACUCUCCCUUCGCUCCCUCCAAGAAUCGUGAUGCUCAGGCCUUGCUUCCUCUGACGAUCAAGCAGAUCAACGAUGCUUUUCAAGCAAGUGAUGAUAAAAGCAAUCUGACUAUUGAUGGUGUUGACGUUGGCACGAUUUCUCUUCUUGGUAGGGUGUGCAACAAAGCUGGACAGGUCACUGAUGUUAAAUUUGUACUUGAUGAUGGUACUGGAAUGAUUGAAUGCACUAAAUGGCUUCAAGAACCUGCAGAUUCAAUUCAAGUGGAGAGUAUCUUAAAUGGAAUGUAUGUGCGGGUUUAUGGACACUUGAAAGGCUUUCAGGGUAAAAAAAACUUAAAUGUUUUCUCUUUUAGAUCUGUGACUGACUUCAACGAGAUUGCCCACCAUUUCAUUGAUUGCAUAUAUGUUCAUCUAUAUAAUUCGAGGUUACGGGCUAGCAACCCCAAUCAGCAACAUGUUCCUAAUUCCACACAAAUCACUCCCACGAGAGGUCAUCAAUCUCAAGCCUUUUCAGCAAAUCAAUUUUCUGGUAAUAAUGGUCAGAAGAGUGUUGAAGAAUUGGUGUUAGAUGUCUUGCAUCUUUCCACAAACAGGACAAAGAUGGGGGGAACCUCUCUUGAUGUUAUUAGACAACAUCUUGGAAUUCCUAUGGAUAAACUCAUGCUGGCUAUUACAAAUCUUGCAAAUGAAGGUACCAUUUAUGAAGGUGAACAAAAUCACUAUAAGUCAAUUGUCAACGGUUGACAUAUUGGUGCUGAGGGGCAUCAAUAUUACCGGAAUAUGCUCCAGGCAUCAAUAUUACCGGAGUAUGCUCCACUCUGCGCAAGUUUUUGUGCAUACCGGUGAUUCAACAUAUGCGGAGAUAAGGAAAUCAGUAGAUCUGCUAGAUUUUGAACAACUCAUUGUUUUUCUUGGUGACUAAUGUAUUCGACACUGCUGUUGACAAAGAUAGCAUGACACUAAAUGCAUCUACUGUGUAAAGGGGUUUUCGAAGAUUCUUGAAAACUUUAAGAGGUUAUUGUUUAUGCAGGACAUGUUUGAAUUUAAGGAAAAUUAUAUUUAUAUCCAAAGUAUCGGCAUAUGGCAA